CCAGCCUCGCCUUUUGCUUCUGGUGAUUUGGUCUAUCUUCGAAUGUGUUCUUGCGUUUAUUAACCACAGUACACACAGUACAGUUUGUUUAAUGCAUUUUCGUGCACGCCUUCCCAGUCUUCCUUGUUAUUAUGCCUCUGGCCAGGGCCAAAGUGCCCGAGUAUCCCAGGCCGGUGUCUCGAGUUCCUGUCGAUGAUAUUCCUAUCUGUGCCGAUACCAUAGUCUAUUAUGAUGAACAAUCCAACGAAGAAAUAGACAGCGAGCAAAGAGCUGCCAAAAAGCGACGUAUCCAGAACUUUGCAACGUCCUACCUUCGAGGCGAGCCGAUAUUCAUAGCCUCUGCACAAUUGAAUGGACCAUUCGGGAAAGAUUGGCGUAAUCCAUGGAUGAAGAGGAGAAAGAGUACAACACGAACACGAAGUACGAAGAGGUUCCGGCCUGAUGCUGCUGUGGAUCCUUCGCUGCAGGUAGACAGGUCCUCAUUAUCACGCCAAAUGCCUCUGACAAAAACGACGAUGCUGGACCCUCCCAAACCGCAGCCGAGUAAAACCGGGCUCGAUAAACAAUCCCGUGCGAGAGGAGAUCGGCGGACGUCUCAAAGAUAUAGCCAGGAGGAUUGCAACGAGAUUCGCAAGGUGGAAGACUGGCUCAGGACAAGCAGUUUUUAUGAGAAGGCAGCAGAUAGGCCCAUUCUUUCUCCAUCGCCAGCAGUCCAUUCCGGACCCAAACCACCUCCGCAGAAGACGAAGAAAUGGGAACCUGCGCCUAUACCAUUCCACCUGUCCGAAGUUGCCUAUACGGCGUCUAGCUUUGCCAAACUCGAUGAUGUGGAACUACACAACUUCUGGCCACCGUUGGAUCAGGUUCAGCACAGUCAGGCAACAUCAUCUUGGAUACCAGACAAGAAGUCUCCGAAGAUAUCUUCACCGUCGAUUACAGCAUUUUGGCCACCUGUUCAACAGGCACACGCCCAACCACAACAUAUCGCUAGCACAAACCUCUCGAAUGGCGAGAACUCAAGACAGCACAAUCUAGUUGGAAAGUCACCGCCCCCUCGCCAUAGGCCAGAAACGCAUAGUUCAGAGGGUGUAAUGAAGUCCAAUACACUUUCAACAUCUCUUCAUACCGCACUUGAACGGCCACCAUCUCAUGCCCAUGAUUCUAAGCUUCCUGCAUUAUCAUCAGCAUCAAGCAAAUUUAAACAUACAGACGACCUUCCUUCUGCGCAGAUACAGAUACAGCCUGCUUUACACUCGGUGCCUUCCAACUUAUCGAGCAACAUCCAAAUUUUUACCGCCGCACCAGAUCACCAGAAAACCUCAGUCCAAGAACAGAAGGAACCACAACAUGCAGAUGAAGAGGCUGUAAAGAUGGAAGAGGAGAAUCCUAACGACCGGCUGAAGUCUCCGCUCGGCACCCCAACACGGUCGGGCGGUCGCAACAAAGUCAUCCCAGCCGAGAGCCAGUCUCCUGUGCAUAAAGUGACGAAAUCUAUCACAAAGAAAAAACGAACAACGUUUGUCACUGAGGAGCGAUCCUCAGGUUCAUCUCAAGGAUCGAUAAAGAUGGCCAUGAAAGUUGCAAAACCAUCGGCCCUCAAUCAGGAUAAAACCACCAAGAUCCAAUCGGGUGCGAAUGCCGACAGUGAAGAAAGCCCUAGAGAUAAUGUAACGGAAAUGUUGUCGCCCCCUCCAGAGAAGCCUAUCCGUGGCAUGUCGGAGCGGAAAGGUAUACUCAAGUCUUCACUUGUGACUUCUACGGAAGCGGUGGCUUCCAUAACGUCUGACGCCCAAAUCUUUACCAACCAAGAUGCGCAGCGACCGGCGAAGCUCAAAGCUAUUGAAAGUGCGACAUCGAGGCUAAAGGAUGACGAUUUUGACGUUGAGGGUGCAAUAGAUGAUCUGGGAAGUUUCCUGGGGACAUGGGAUCAGCAACAAGAAGCCGUGGGCUUGAAAGCAUCUGGUUAACUAGAUAUGUAAACCGAACUCAAUGGUUGGAAAGUCUGAUUGAUCAUAAAUAGUUGCAGGGCAGUGAGGAAUGUUUUGUUCGACGUCUGUUAAGUGAUCUGUAGGUACAGAGAUUAUUGCGAGA